UUUGGGAGUAUGGUGUUGCCAGCGAAAGAAGCUUUUUCGAAAAUAACGUCUUUUAUUUGCUAAAAUUUGUUUUAAAUCUAAAAGUCAUAAAAGCUUUUGGUUUCGGUGGAGCUUGCAAAACAGAGCUUUCGCCAAAAGCCUAAAAAAGUUAUACGAAAUUGCUAAAUAUGUCAAUCGCGUUCAAAGCUUUUAGCGUAACGGAAUUGAGUUCUAGAAAAAUAAAGCUUUAAGGAACAGUACUCAGCAAAUUAAAUUUCCAGCUGAUUGCCGAAUGAAUGUUUGGAACUGGCAGUCGUGGAUUACAUAUAAAUACAAUGCGCUGUCGUUAUAUAUACUGGACUGUCUUGGGGACCGAGUGGCAUCCUGGAAUAAAAACGUGCGCAGAAGUAAGAGAAAUUUGGACUAUUCAAAAGUAUGUCUAAAAACGAUAAGGAUUAAGAUAGACAUACAAGCCUUGGUAACAAGUUUCAGAGAGGUUAGGUAAUAAUAGAUAUCUAAAAGUCUGGUUGGACGUGAACUGCUGAGAGUCAACGAAUGAGUUUUGAAACUUUUUUUAUAUCAAUAAAACGAUACGGAGUUAAUAAUUACUUACCAUAUAGCAAGUAGAAAUCACAAACUAUAAUAGCUAGCGAAAUUAUUCAAUAUCUCUUAUUAUUGUAGAAAAGAACACACGGGACUAUUGAUUAACCGAGCUUCAUGACGACACUCUGCAAAGUAAACACAUUCACUUUACAUUCAACAAUCUUUUUCCCUGUUAAGCAAAAUCGGUUUUCUACUAAAAUAGAAAAUCAUCUUUGUUUUAUCGACCAGAUUUUGAUGUUUUCUGCCGACCAGCCUGCUGUCAAAUGUCACAUUCCUUUUGGGAUACAAAAUUUCGUCAAAAUUAUUUUCACAACAUAUAUUAAAAUGUGUUAAGAUCUUCCAAAUUUUAUAACUGCAUAUAAGAACGGAACCGUAAUCACUACCACUUAGCUGAGACCAUCUGAACGAACAUAAAUAUUUUAAUAGUCAAAAUUUUCAAAGUAUUGCCGUCGAAACUCGAAUUUAUUUAAGUUUUAUAUGGCUCAAGGGAAUCUUGAGAAUCUAUGCACAGCUUUAUGUGCGGCAGAAGACCCAGUGCCCGCUUAUCCACUGAUAGCGCGUACAUUAAAAAAGAAUUCACCGCCAGCCUGUGACGCCUUCGGACCAUUUCCCGAUGAGACAAUUGUAUCGGGUAUCGAUCGUGCGCUCUAUCUAAUGGGUGCACGACGCGUACAGGAGUUUCUACACUUGCCCACACCAUCCCUGGACUCGAGCAAUAGCGAUAUUUCGCUUACCGUAUCACAGGUUUCUUGCCCGAACUCACAUAAACCGUGUCGCAAAUGUAGUACGGUAAUAACGUCGGAUAGCAAGAACAAAAAUAAAUUGCCAAGUUGUUUGAAAGUGACCAAAACCUGCACUUGUCCCAAAUGUCGCGCCAGCACUGCACAAACGAUGACUUUCUCUAAAAAGCCCUGCUGUUGUUGUAGCAGCUCGUCGGCACGCUCGUCGAAAAGUAGCUUAGCAUCGCAUGUACAAAUCUGUGAACCACCCAAGUCAAUGAAUCCCCUGAAACGUUCAUUUUCGAUGUGCUCACUGGCCUGCCGAAAGUUAAAACAAAUGUUGAGCUUUCCAUCAAGCGAUGGCCAGAAGGCAAAAUGGUUGUGGGCACGCCUACAUUCCACAGAGAACGGCUGUCAAGUCUAUGAGAUAUUCAAAAACUCCAAUGUGUGCACACAUCCGUCGGAGUUUGAGAAGCAACGGAUGCCACAUGUCAUCUUCGUCGUACUGCAAAAUGGCGCUAUAAUGCCAUUCGAAAUUUUGCCCUCCCACUAACGUAGUAAGCGAAAAGGAGUGAGAAAGUAAGAAAACGAGAAAUCCGGCGGAUUUUAUAUGUCCACCAUAUAAGUAUGUAGCGUUUCGGUAUUUAUGCCAACUUUUUACUAUGUUAAAAACUAAAAAAACAAAACUUAAAAAUAUAUACAAAUAAUGUACUUGUACUUUUAAGAAA